CUUUCACUUCAUUUACCUCAGACUGCUCAGAGGGAGAGGACGUGUCCAGGUCUGACCAGCUUCUUUUCAGACGACGAUUUUAUUUGGCACAUAUUUUACUCUACAGUUCCUUCAGAAAUCAUGAACAUGCUUCUGUCUGUCGCCGUGCUCGUCGUUCUCAGCGCGAGCGUCUUCGCUAAGGAGUCUCCACCAAAAAUCCAGGUUUACAGCCGUGACCCUGGUGUUUAUGACAAGGAAAACACGCUGAUCUGCCACGUGAGUGACUUCCACCCCCCAGACAUUGAAAUCAAACUGACGAAGAAUGGGGUGGAGAUCCCAAAUGCCAAGCAGACUGACCUGGCCUUUGAGAAGGGCUGGAAAUUCCACCUCACCAAGAGCGUCUCCUUCAAGCCCUCCAGUGGUGAAGAAUACAGGUGUGAAGUCAGACACAUGCAGAACCGUAAGACCAUCACCUGGGAUCCAGACAUGUAAAUCCUCCUGCACUUCAUUCCCUGCUGUGUAUUUGCACCUUUCAGUAAAAUGAAACUCAUUGAGAAAUGAUCAUAUUAGUUAAACAUUCAUCAGUUAAACCUUUUCUUGUGUGUCUGUCGGUAGCAGGCUGGGCGAUAUGAUCCAAAAAAAAAAUUAUGUCUUUGUGAUGCGAGGAAACACCUUUCAGAUCGACAAAAUGGAACAAGGUGUUUAGGUUCACUUUUUAAAGUUUUGCUAACCAAGGAUCAAAAGUACUGCUACUAUUACUGACAUGGCAUGAUUCACUAAAUAUUUAAAUACAUAACAAGACCAUGGAUGGAAACAUUACAAAUCAAUUAAAAAAUCAAAACAAAACAACAAACUAUAUAUAUGUAUAUAGUUCUAUCGCCCAGCCCUGCAUCAUAUUCCACUCUUUUUUAGUAAUCAAGCAAUAUCUUUACAGCUGAAGAUCUGAACAUCAAUUGUACUAUAUUUCAUUCGGUUUGGAUAAUUUCUUCGUUAAUGAGUGGAGGGGAUGUCUUUUUAUAAAUAUUACAGGUUUUUGCCUUUUACCUAACUACAUUUGUUUCUGCUUCAUGUGAAGAUUGCUAGAUACUGUGUUUACUUUGUUUUCCUUAUUUUAUACUUCUUAAAAAUUAUCAAUAAUAAUUGGCAUCGAACUUUAAAUUUAGUGAGGUGUAAUGUAAAAAAAUUGUCAUGGCAAAUGUAAUAAGAUAAAAUUAAUAAAACCCUGUCCACCUCCUAAA